AUGGUUAACUACAUUAUUCAUUUCAUACUUUUACAUGGAAUCCUUAUAGUUGCAGAGCAGCUUAAUUUUCCAAUGGAUACAAUAGAUGGCUCUGUUCUAAUCGGUGACAUAAAUGGUACACUUGAAGGAAACCCAACAAUCACAGAGGGCAUUGUAGGUAAUGCCAUAAACCUUACUCCAAAACAAGGGAUAAAUUAUGGAAAUCAAAGAGAUAAAUGUUUUGGUAACAUUGAACUCUGUUCAAAUGGCUACAGCAUAAGUGUGUUAUUCAAACCUGAUGCAGAACAAGAAGAAGACAAGGGAAUUGUGCUUACCAAUGGAGCAGAGACAGUGUAUAGUUAUGGCAUUGCGAUGGAAAUACAGAUCAACACGGCAUCAAAUAAUCGAUUAGUCGUAACUGUAGCUUCAAAGACAUAUUUCUGGAAACUGACUAUUUCCAACUUUCCCUAUGGACUUUGGUACCACGUGGUUGUUACAACGACCAUCCCACUUGAGGACAAUCGUCCGUUAGUUUACAUAAAUGGUCAACUAAGGGUUGCUAGUACAUACAAGAGGGCUAGAUCAAGACCUGAUGAUUAUCCAGAGUUUGUACUUGGACGCUCCAACAGAUGGAAUAAUGACAUUGCAAAAUCCAUGUUUGCCAAUGUAACAAUUGAUGAAAUCAUAUUCAAAGAUUACAUCAUUCAAGCAAAAGACAUACUGGAUGAAUUCAUACAAUAUACAGAGAACCAAUGUGGCCCAGUGCCCUCUAUUGCCAAUGGUGUGAUAAUAGCUGGUUCAUUUGGGGAUGAAGCUGAUACUGGAUCGACCUUGACCUUUGUAUGUGAUGCUGGAUUUCUCAUGUCUGGCAGUGAUACUGUGUUGUGUGAUGGUGGAGCGUGGAUUCAACCCCCGAAAUGCAUCAAUGCUGAUCAGAAAACUGAGGCUAACAUUGAGGCCACAAGUGAACGUACAACAAAUGAUAUAUCAACUACUGAAUCAAAUGUUGAAUUUACAAGUACAACUAUAGAACAAUCAACAAGUGUACCUUCAACUCGAGGACAAUCAACACAAUCAACCAUUGAAAGUUCAACUUUAGAGCAAUCAAUUACUGGUUCUUCAACUUUUGAGAAAUCAUCAAAUAUACCUUCAACCCUAGAACAAUCAACAAUUGAUAAAUCAACUAUUGAAUCAUCAACGCUAGAUAUAAAUGAAUCUUCAAUCACUGAGUCUUCAACUAUGGAACUAUCAACCAUUGAACCACCAACCAUUGAAUCAACCAUUGAACCACCAACCAUUGAAUCAACCUUUAAAUCAUUAACUAUUGAAACAACCAUUGGAUCAUCAACCAUUGAAUCAACCAUUUCGUCGUCAACGAUUGAUUCUUCAACCAUUACAUCAUCAACCAUUGAACCAACCAUUGCAUCGUCAACCAUUGAAUCAACAACAUUAUUAACAUCAACAUUUCUCAAUUUUGACAGUGCAUCACCAAGACAUACUGACAGUACUUCUACAACUGCUUCAUCAGAUCAACAACUUAUCACCAAUGAUUCUACAAUACAAGUGAUACAACCAACUACAACUGCUGCUAAUUUAGACACAAAACCCCCAAUACUGUUCAAUACUUCAACAAAGGAGCAUUAUAAAAGAGCAAAAAGAAAGAUUUAUUCCCCAGAAGAGGCUAAACAUUCUAUCAGUAUAGGAUCAUUUUGGCUUAUAUGUAUGAUAUGCACCAUAGGCUCCAUAGUACUUUUAGAUUUUCCUAAAUUGUUUCUACAUUUAAGAACUGCAAAACGAAAUUGUUUCAGUAAUUGUAAAAGGUCAAACAGGCUUAAUAAUUAUGUUCAUUAGAAAUCAAUUGAAUAUAAAAGAAUGCAACCUUCAUUGGAAUUCCAACCUUCAUUGGAACUAACUUCAACCUUCAUUUGAAUUUUGCUAAAGCAAUUAAAUAAAUUGAAUUCAGUUGAAGUAAAUGACUGAAUUGUUUUUAAGAAAGUUGGUUGAAAUAUCAGAGAGAUUCCACAACGCACUUAUAGAAUGUUUUUAUUCCAGUAUAAAGUAUACCUUAUGAAGCGUUUGAUUACGUCA